AUGGCACCCUCUGUCCUCGGCCUCGCUCUGGGCCUUAUUGCUUCUCUGCCGCUGGCCCUGGCUGGGUUUGAUUCGGUAUCCAAGAAGAACAUUGCCGUCUACUGGGGACAAAACUCGUACGGGCAGGGACACGGGCCUCAUAUUCAGCAGAAUCUUGCGUACUACUGCGCGAGAACGGAGAUCAAUAUCAUCCCCGUGGCGUUCAUGAACGGCAUCACGCCCCCCAUCACCAACUUUGCCAGCGCCGGCGACCGGUGCUCGACCUUUCCCGACAACCCAAACCUCCUCCGGUGCCCCGAGAUCGAAAACGACAUCAAGACGUGCCAGAGCAAGCAUGGCAAGACGGUCGUCCUGUCUCUCGGAGGCGCCACCUAUUCGCAGGGAGGCUGGUCGUCGGCGGCGGAGGCGGAAAAGGCGGCGCAGAACGUCUGGGCCAUGUUCGGACCUGUCAACUCGGCCGCCGGCGUCGACCGGCCGUUCGGAAGCGCCGUCGUCGACGGCUUCGACUUCGACUUUGAGGCGUACACCAACCACCUGCCCGUCUUUGCCGCGACGCUCCGCGCUCUCAUGGACGGCGCGGGCGGCAAGAAGUACUACCUCACGGCGGCGCCCCAGUGCGUGUUUCCCGACGCCGCCGUCGGCGCGACGCUCGAGGCGGUGCCGUUCGACAUGGUCAACAUCCAGUUCUACAACAACUGGUGCGGCGUGGCCAACUUUCAGCCGGGCGCGAGCAGCCAGUUCGCCUUCAACUUUGACGUCUGGGACCGGUGGGCCAAGGGGAGCAAGAACCCAAACGUCAAGACGCUCCUCGGCAUACCGGCCAACACGGGCGCGGGCGGCGGCUACACCGACGGCGCCAAGCUCAGGGCGGCGAUUCAGUACUCGAAGGAGCACAGCAGCUUCGGCGGCGUCAUGAUGUGGGACAUGUCCCAGCUGUACGCCAACCGAGGCUUCCUCGACGAAGUUGUCACCGGGCUCGCAUGA